UGUCUUGCAGAAGAUGUUUCGGAAAAGCAGAACUUUGAGGCAGAAGACGAGCAGUUAUCACUGACACCCCGGCUUCAGCGUCAGGAAGACCUCGGACAGCAGACACAGGAGCCCUCACCAUGAGCAGGAAGGUUGUCCGCAGCAGUAAGUUUCGCCACGUUUUUGGCCAACCGGUGAAAGCGGACCAGUGCUACGAUGACAUCAGGGUAUCUCAGAACACCUGGGACAGCAACUUCUGUGCCGUCAACCCCAAGUUCCUGGCCAUAGUGGUGGAGGCCAGCGGGGGAGGCGCCUUCAUGGUCUUACCACUCUCUAAGACAGGUCGGCUGGAUAAAUCUCAGCCUGUGGUUUGUGGUCACACAGCUCCGGUACUGGACGUUGACUGGUGUCCUCAUAAUGAUAAUGUCAUCGCCAGCGGCUCAGAGGACUGCAGCGUGAUGGUAUGGGAGAUCCCAGAUGGGGGACUGACCCGCUCCAUCACAGAGCCUCUCGUCACCCUGGAAGGGCACACAAAGAGAGUGGGCAUAAUCCUCUGGCAUCCGACUGCCCAGAAUAUACUGCUGAGUGCAGGCUGUGACAAUGUCAUCUUCAUCUGGGACGUGGGCUGCGGGCAGUCAGUCAUCUGUAUAGACGAAACACACACGGACAUCAUCUACAGCGUGGCGUGGAACAGAGAUGGGAGUUUGAUCAGCACAUCCUGCAAGGACAAGAAGAUUCGGAUCAUAGAACCCAGAGCGGGGACGAUUGUAGCGGAGUUGGAUAAACCUCAUGAGGGCAGCAGACCGGUCCGAGUCAUCUUUGUGUCCAGCGAUAAGAUUCUGACCACAGGAUUUAGCCGGAUGAGUGAGCGACAAGUGGCCUUGUGGGACAUGAAGUCGCUGGACCAGCCGCUCACCCUACAAGAAAUAGACACAAGCAGCGGCGUCCUCAUUCCGUUCUUCGACCCAGACACAAAUAUUGUGUACCUGGGUGGAAAGGGGGACAGCAGUAUCCGGUACUUUGAGGUGACAGACGAGGCUCCGUACGUACACUAUUUGUCCCUGUACAGCAGUAAAGACUCUCAGCGAGGGAUGGGGUACAUGCCGAAACGAGGCCUGGAAGUCAGCAAGUGCGAGAUUGCCAGAUUUUACAAGCUGCACGAGAGGAAGUGUGAACCCAUAGCAAUGACUGUCCCCAGGAAGUCCGACCUGUUUCAGGAAGAUCUAUAUCCGGACACCGUGGGUCCCGAUCCGUCUCUUACCGCAGAGGAAUGGCUGUCAGGGAAGAACGCAGAGCCUCUGCUCAUCUCACUGCGAGACGGAUACACUCCGAGUAAGACCAGGGAACUCAAAGUUACCAAAAACAUCCUCAACACCCGGUUACCCAAACGCCGCCAGUCAACCAACGAAGAGACUGUGGACUCCACCCUGGAGCAGCUCAUGGAAGAGAUAAAACAGCUGAAGGCGACGGUCGCAGAACAGGAGAAGCGGAUUACGAAGCUGGAGGAGAAAAGCAGCUAAAUGGCGGCAGAACGGGGUGGGGUGGGGGGGUGGGUGUGUGUCUUAUCACCACACUGUCCAGAGCGUAGCGACACCACGUAAUGGCUUUCUGACAGCUACUCUGUUACUUACAUGGUAUCACUGACUUCACAAGUGUGUCAGAUAAUAAAAUCUCUGCAUCGGAUAAUGGGAUAGCGGACAGACCGUAUUAAAGCGCAGCGGAUACUCUGCCCCCCCCCCCCUCUUAUGUCCCAUAAGAAGUCAGACAAAUAUGGGGAUUCCCUGAUCCCGUCACCCCAGCUAUAAACCAGUUAAUGGUUUCUUAUUCAUCCAUCGGGCCUCCGAGCAUGGAGGAAAGGUGUAAAUACGACACUGUUGGACUAAAUUCUAUUUUGCUACCCCCCAUGAACCCUCUUCCUCCUCAAAUGCUGUGUUUAUAAUUGUGUUAUAAAAAGCAACGCAUUAUUGAUGUUCAGAAUAAACGGUGACUUUUGCCUA